AUCUCAAUUGCCAGCAUCUAAUCCUUCAUCUUCUGUAGUCUAUGUUUGUGAAAAGAAAGAAUCCAAAAGAGGCCAAACAAUAUAUUUAUCUAUAGAGAAUUUGGCUAACUGGCUUGUGAAUCCUAAAAUAAAAAAUAACCCAACUAUUAUUAAUAAAAAGGUUCCAAAAACAAAUAUAGAAUGGUUUAAUUUAAUGAAAAAGUCUUUUAGUAAAUGGCAAAAGAAAACCAAAGUAUUCCAACCAAUAGAAGAAGAUUCUGAAGCAGAAUUUGGCCUGACUACUCAAGUAUACAGAAAAAGGCAAAGAAAAGACCAGAGGAAGGAAACUCCAACUUCUGAAACCAUUGACCAAAGAAAUGAGUCUGAAAAAGAUCCAAAAGAUUUAGCAAAUGAUAUGUUUAAAGUAGAUGGUGCUGAAUAUGCUUUUUCAACCUGGUUUGUAAAAAUAGAAUUCAAAAAAUAUGAAGCUAAGAUGACCAAAGAAAAUGAUUCUGCAGAUGGAAAAUACAUCAAGGGUGGCCCCAAUGUUAUACUUACAAAGAAAAUAAAACCAGGAUUUUGGGUAGGAAUAGAUGAAAAAUUUCUGGUCAAAGAAGUCAGUGAGCAAUCUGAAGUAGAAAAACUUAAUAGCAAUGCAUCUCUCAAAGUAGUUGAUUUAGCAAAACAGGUAUUUGGUGCAAAUCAUGCUAGAAGUCAAUUGGCCAAUAAGAUUAAUGAGUGGUAUCCAAUAUCUGAAAAAAUAAAUAAUGAUAUAAAACAAGCCUGUAUUAAACAUAGGCAUGGUGGAUGCUGGAACACACCCAAUUAUCAUAUUAAUGAUAUCAUAUGUAUUGAUAUGAAAGAAUGCUAUCUAGCAAUUGCAGUAAAUAGAAAAUUGUUUCAAGAUAAUAUUACUGAAUUUGCACAGAAGCAGUUAAAUCAGCAAGAAGAACAAGAGCCAAAGAAUAGGCAUUGGGAAUUGAUCAAAGAUAUUUCAGAUAGUACAGCUCUAUCAAUUCAUGAUCCUAUUACAAAAUAUCAAAAAUCAUAUCUUAAUAGAGAAGAAGGAUCUGCUAAAGAUUUUCAAGAAAAAUAUAAUGUAAAAGCUCAAACCUGGCAUAGCUUCUUUAAAUAG